AUGGAGAACCAAACACCUCGUCGCGCAGCCUCCCCUACGCAGAAUUACCUGAUAGCUUACAAUGCAGUCUGCCUGGCACUAUGGUCGAUCAUCACGCUCCGGGCGUUCUUUCUCAUCCCGACACUAUUUGCCCUUGGGAAGCCCCAUCAGCUCCUCGAAGCGCUCUUUACCUUCCUCAAAUGGACGCAGACGAUAGCCCUUCUCGAGAUCGUCCACGCGGCCGCUGGCCUCGUCCGAGCUAGCCCUGUCACGACCGCCAUGCAAGUCGCCUCCCGGAUAUUGGUCGUGUGGGUGGUUUUGGAGAUGUUCCCACAAAUCGUGUCGGUCACAAACAGCUUGGGAAGAUCGGUGGCAGGGUCGACCAUGGGUCCAGUUGCCUUUGCCGGGAUAUUGACGGCUUGGGGAACCACAGAGGUCAUCCGCUACGGAUUCUUCGUGUGGAAAGCAGCGAUCAGUGAGAAGGUCCCCGCUGCUCUCACAUGGCUGCGGUACAACACGUUCUUCGUCCUCUAUCCCAUCGGCAUCUCCAGCGAGUGUAUGCUCAUGUAUCUUGCGCUUGGGCCGGCAGCAAAGCAAGGAAAGCAAGUCGAUCUGCUGCUCAAGGCCGUUCUUCUCAUCUACGUUCCCGGAAGCUACAUCCUCUAUACUCACAUGAUGGCUCAGCGGCGGAAGGUCUUGAAGGGCAAGGGGAAAUCUGCGUAG